CAACGAUGAACGUGGAGGCAGAAGCUGGAACUACCUCUGCUGCUCUGCUCCCAACCUGCAAACGUUUGAAUGUGAGGAAACUCCGAUGGUGAGCUACUGGAGCGAAGACUUCGACCUGCAGCUACCCACAGGACACUUCCUCACCGGCCUGCAGGCCCAUCACAGGAGCGAACAGGGAGAUCAUCGCUGGAGUUUCAAAUACUGUAAAGUUACAACAGAAGAUUCACAGGACGUCAUGUCACAGAUCCUGACUAUAAACCAACCAGUGGCAGACGUCUUUGAAGAAGGAGAUGUUUUUGUGCCAUCCUCCAGGAAUGCUAGAAAAUGCACUGGGUGUAAAUGGCCAAAGUCCGACGAGACAGUUCCAGUGCCGUACGUCCUGAGUGACGACUACACCAGCUCUGAAAAAAACACAAUCACUGCUGCAAUGAAGGGCUUCCACCUGAGCACCUGUGUACGCUUCUUUCCCCGUAAGACGGAGCAAGACUACGUCAGCAUCGUGAAGGAAACGGGAUGUUUGUCCAUGAUCGGGCGCCAAACACGAUCCCAAAGUCUGUCUCUGGCUGACGGAUGUCUUCACCAUGGCAUCGUUCAGCACGAGCUCAUUCACACACUUGGUUUCUGGCAUGAACAGAGCAGGAGUGACAGGGACAUUUUUGUCAGAAUAAACUAUGAAAACAUUCAGAAGGACAAGGAGCGCAACUUCGAAAUACAAGACACAAACAACCUGAAUGUUCCAUACGACUACUCCUCCGUCAUGCAUUACGGACGAAAGGCUUUCUCAAAAAACCAAGAAGACACCAUCACUCCCGUCAUGGAGGCACAGAUCGGCCAGAGGAACGGAAUGUCAGAAAAUGACAUUCUGAAGAUCAACAAGCUUUACAGCUGCAAUGAUUACCUCCAGAAGGAUUGGGACAAUGAGUUGACCAAAGACUUGAGCCGCCAGUGUCCUUUUGGCCAAGCUGUGUCUGGAUUCAGAAGCUCCUACAAUAAAGAACAACAGGAUCGACGUUGGGCAGUUACAUGUAAGGCGCUGGACCUCCCCAAAAAAUGCCACUGGUCAGGUUACGUGAAUCACCUUUGGCUCGAAUUUGACUUCAAAUGUGGAGGACAAGAAGUGAUCACAGGGGCCAGGAGUGAAUUUAACGGAGCCGUGAAGGACAGGAGAUGGCAGUUUUACUGCUGCGAGGUUCCUGGUGUUGCCAUGUCCAACUGCAAGAAGACAAACUCGUUCAACUACUUUGAGGAAGACUUCAGCUUUAAAGCGGCCAGUGACCACUAUAUAACAGGAGUUUCAUCCUCCUUCGAUGUUCCAACACGAUGCCUUGUUGAAGUUUCUGAAUCCCCUCUGGGCCAUCUACCACAUCUACUGCUGCUGCCUCCACCUCAGCAACACAACCCACCAGUGAUGCAGCAGCAUCAAGUGGUCCUCCCAUUGCCUCCACCUCAGCAGUAA